AUAAAUUGAAAACAAAUGAAGAAAGAAAGAAAAAAAAAAGUUUAAAGAGAAACGAAAUUUACCUUCUUAGGGUUUGCUUUUUUUUUUUGGAGAUACAGAGAAUUGGAGAUGAUGGACGUCGUUGAGCCACUUGAUUUCGAAUUAGAAGAUUCACUUCUUAUUAACCCUGUUGUCUCCAACAAAAGGAAAAAGCUUAUGGGUCUGGGUGAGCUUUUGACUGAACACUACAAGGAACAAAGCAAACUUAUUGAGAAUGAAGCCAAGAAACAGGCAAAAGCUCAGAAAAGCUAUGAUUCUGAUGAGGAUAAGAAUUGCAAAGAAGCUAUUCUCGCAAGUCUUCUUGAUGAUUGCCAAAAACAGGUGAAAGCAAUUAGCAGCGGGGAAGAGAUGUUCGAGUGGGGCUUAUGUGUCUUUGGACAGCAGAAGGCUACACCACCUCUAUCAUUUCCUGAGCUUGGAAGUUGGUCAAUUUUGCAGUCAUUCAUGAAUAAUGGGCUCAACUCUCUGGUGGGGCUUACUUCUGAGCAAGAGUGCCCUUUCCUUGAAGGGUUAUUAAAAAAUGGAUGGCUCUUAAGAUUGAUCCUAAAAUGUGGUCGUGUAGAAAAAACAAUAGCUAUGUGGACCUUUUCUUUGAUGCUAUAUUCGUCAAAAGAAGAGUUGAGGCCAUCUGCUUGCGAAUUUUGGUGUGCCAUUCUUUCAUCAAAAAUUCAGAUUGGUGCACGACCCAUUGAAAUUGACUGGUUACCCAACUUUUCUGAACUAAAGAGUGCUCUUGAAAUAUAUGGGUUUCUUUUCAAUUCUUCAUCCAGCAUGUCUGCUGAAAACAGUUCUGGUUGUAAAGGGCCACCUCAAAAUAUCAUAACCUGGAUCAAAUUUACAGCUGUUUAUUGUCGAUUAAGGUGUAAGCAGUCGGUCCUUCUGACUUCAGACUGUCAAGAGCUAGCAGAAGUUAUCAUCUGUCUUUUCUUAGAUCGGCAACUUCAAGGUCUCUCUGUUCUUUUGAGGGACUGUAUCCAGUCGGUUAUAAGUUCGUUCACAGACGAAGAAUGGAUUAACAGUUACUCUAGAAUAGCAAAAUCUAUUGCCUCAAGAGUCCCUAUGAACUUGAACUGCUUGCGAGCAGUGCAAUGCCUUUCAGGAGUUGAUCCUCGUACCAAGCAUCUCAAAAGCGUUGUGGCCUUCGAAAUUCUAGUUAAUUGUUUUGAUACAAAGGUUGCCAACGAAGAAGGAAUCCUGACUUUGCUUAUCUCAAUAAACGUGAAAGAAAAGGCCUGUGAUUUCUUCAAGUUGUACAUCUAUGUCAUUCUGACUGAAAAUUGGCUUCGAUACGAUGAGAGGUUUAGCGAGAAGCCAGUGAUUCGUGAAAUGUGGGGUCUUUUUCUCCGGAACUGUUCUUGCCAAAUAAGCAGCACAGAUUUGAGGCCUCAUGCAUCAAAAGUUCGAAACAAAGCUGCAUAUCUUCUUCAAGACAUUGGCAGCAGUUAAUCGAGUAAGAAUUCUAAUCCAUCCUCAAUAAAUAACGUAGAGAUGUUUGAUAAGAAACCCAGUAUUAGAAGUUAGGUAUAUUCUCUGGCUCCCUCACUGUAAUAUAAUCAACGGUUGAAUAAAGGAGCUUCAAAUCCAUUUGCAUUUG